ACCAGGACAUUAAAGACAGAGUUUUAAUUGAGGAAGCCUCAUUCAAAAAGGACGCUGCCCUCUUAUUGCAAACUUCCGUCAACUAAACUAUCCAAAUUCAUCAAAAUUUGGAUAGUUAUACAAUAUGUCCGGAAACUCACACAACCGUUUUACAACACCACCUGUGAAGCGAAUCUUGAUUACAUUCCAUUGAUUUUGUUCUUUAAGGAGGCCAUGAAUAUCAGGGAAGAACCUAUGGAGAAAUUAAAAACGCAAGGCAAACAAAAAGCCAUCCACGGCGAACAUCCUAAAACGUUGGACCAACAUGAAAUGGAUUGUGAGCUAUCCAAUAUUUGUCUGAUAAGAGGUGUGUUGUUUCUAGAAACAUAAGGAUUCGUCAUUUUGAUUCAGGACUUGAUUGUUAGCACCAAAUGAUCGUAAACACGUGUCACGUCAAGAUACGGUUGAGAGGAGUCGAUUGUAUGGUGAUGCCAACGAAUCCAUCGAGCACAUCAUUGAUGGUUGUCGCAUAAUUGCCCACAGAGAAUAUACGCAUAGGUGUGGCGGAAAUUAUAUACAUUAAUAUUCUUAAGAACAUGCAAUUGUUAGAGAAAAUUAGUCUGCAACGAAAAUUAAAUUCUUAGGUUUGGCAAUAACUGACACCAGAUCGUCAUCUACGGGAACUUUUCAAAACGUAAAUUGUGCAACUGCGUUUUCGACUCAACAUUUGGGGUUGUUUUAGCUAUUGGCACAUUUAAAAAAAGUUUACGUCGAAUACGUGCUAAACUACCUGGAGCACGCUCCAGUGCACCUGCUUCGCCGAUUGACCAUUUGGAGUUGUUUGGGCUAUAAGUAAAAUUUGAAUGUCAAAAAAGUACUAGCAGAUGAUGUCUUGAACUACCUAAAAAACGAUCCGGUGCACACGGAUCUUCGGCUCACAAUUUGGAGUUGAUGAGGCUGUUGGCAAAAUGUAAAUUUGAAAAAGCUUCUCGUAGAAUUCGUUAUGAAGUACCUAUAGUUCUUUCAAACGUUUCCCAUAGAAUAGUACUAAACUACUUGGUGCGCAAUCAUGUGCACCUAGAUCGGUGACUGGCCAUUGAUACUUAUUUUGGCCGUUAGCACAAUUUAAGUUUUAAAGAAGUUCCCGUAGAAUACGUGAUAAACUACUUGGUGUGAGAUCCUGUGCACUCGGAUCGUCGACUCACAACUGUUCGUUAUUUUGUCUAUUGGUACAAACUAAACUUUUAAAAAAUUCUUGCAGAAUUUGUGCUGAAGUACCUAGUGAGCGAUCCGGUGAACCUGGUUCGUCGGCUCACCAUUGAUAGUAUUUCGCCUGUUGACACAAUUUAAGUUUUAAAAAUAACGUUCCCGUAGAAUACGUGCUAAACUACUUGGUCUGCGAUCCAGUGCACCCGGAUCGUUGACUCAUCACUGUUGUUAUUUUGGGUAUUGGUACAAUAUACAUUUUUUAAAAUUUUUUGCAGAUUACGUGCUAAUGUACCUUGUGAGCGAUCUGGUGAACCUGGAUCACUGGCUCUCCAUUGGUACAGGCGGAUUUCCAGAGAAUUACCCUGUACAAUACGUUUUAAUAACGAUGGAGGAUUACUAUACUUUUGAAGAUAAAAUCGAUCGAUACGUUUACGAUGUUAUCCCCGACUGGAUGGAACCUUAUAAAGCGAAUUAUGUUGAGAAAGUAAAGGCUUAUAUACGAACAGAAAGAGGCGUUCCUUUUGCUUCCUCUCUUCUAAAAUCAAAUCAACCUAGAGGGCAUCAUCCUUCACCUCCAUUGAACGCUACACUACGUAUAGGGAACGAAAGAUAUUCGGAAUAUUAUACAACUGUGAAUUUCAGAGAGUAUACAUGCAGAUAUUAUGUUCCCUCAAAUCUACACCUACUCAACAACCAUAUUUAUGUAACACUGCCAGGAGGACCUGUUUAUGCUGCACCUUUAGUCAGAUAUGAUCCAUCAACCAGAUGUUCAUCAUCUCCUAGGACAUCCGAGACACUUCAUGUCACACCCUAGA